UGACCAUGGCCCUUUCUGCGGAGACCGAGUCACACAUCUACCGAGCUCUGCGUACUGCUUCUGGCGCUGCCGCCCACCUUGUGGCCCUGGGCUUUACCAUCUUUGUGGCUGUGCUUGCCAGGCCUGGCUCCAGCCUGUUCUCCUGGCACCCGGUGCUUAUGUCUUUGGCUUUCUCCUUCCUGAUGACCGAGGCACUACUGGUGUUUUCUCCCGAGAGUUCGCUGCUGCACUCCCUCUCACGGAAAGGCCGAGCACGCUGCCACUGGGUGCUGCAGCUGCUGGCCCUGCUGUGUGCACUGCUGGGCCUCGGCCUUGUCAUCCUCCACAAAGAGCAGCUUGGCAAAGCCCACCUGGUUACGCGGCAUGGGCAGGCAGGGCUGCUGGCUGUGCUGUGGGCAGGGCUGCAGUGCUCAGGUGGGGUGGGGCUGCUCUACCCCAAGCUGCUGCCCCGAUGGCCCCUGGCGAAGCUCAAGCUAUACCAUGCUACUUCUGGGCUGGUGGGCUACCUGCUGGGUAGUGCCAGCCUCUUGCUGGGCAUGUGCUCACUCUGGUUCACUGCCUCUGUCACUGGUGUAGCCUGGUACCUGGCUGUAUUAUGCCCUGUCCUCACCAGCUUGGUCAUUAUGAACCAGGUGAGCAAUGCCUACCUAUACCGCAAGAGGAUCCAACCAUGAGCUCUUCCCAGCCUAGGGAAAGCCUGGAUUUGCCCCUCCAUGUAGGAGCUGGGCCUAGGGACCUGUUGAACUCUCUCAGCUGAGUCAGGGGACACCUCAGGCACUGGGACAGUUGUGCAUUUGGAGGCCCGUGUGUGAAUUCCUGCUCCUCAUGCUGGAGUGCCUCCCAUUUCCUUCCCCUUUCUCUGUCAUCCCAGAGGAACAUAUGCAUCAUGUGUCUGGAUGAAGCUGGGGCUGCAAGACUGCCUCUCCUGCAAGGCAGCUCAUACUUGUACUGUAUGUUCAGAAAUUUCAGGAGAGAAAAAAGUAAAAAAUUUGUAAAAAAUGACUGAAAAGAUUGAUGGGAGAAGCAGCCAAGAGUUGGGGAUGGUUCUUGUUAAUGCCAGCAGCAUAGGAAAAUGGGCAGCUGGGCAAGAUGGGGACCCCCUACCCCCGACCCCUGGCUGCUCCCUGAGGGGCUGAAGCUCUCCUAGCACACAAAUCCCCAGGGUCUAGCUGCUGAGCCUCCCAGGCCACUCCGGGCCCUGGCAGGCCCUAGAGCUGUAGCUAUGAAUGGUACAGCUGUGUGUCCUUUCUGUCCCCCCAGCUGUCUACUGUGCUGGAGUCUCCAGACUGUGGGGGUUAGAUACAUACAAUAACUGGGAGCUGGGGGUGAGUUGUCUCCAGGGGUGGCAAGAACUGAGCAUUCUGUCUUAGAGAUAAACCAUGGGUAAGAACAGCGCCUUAUGAUGGAGAGGCCCUUAUCAUCAGAUCUAGGCAGGGACAGAAGGCCUCCCAGAUUGGGGUUUGGAGGGAAAGAAAAAAGGAGUAAGAGUCUGAGGCAAUACUCUUGGAAGGCUGCUUGGCAGUGUGCAUGUGGUGGUGGUGGUGGCGGUGGUAGGGAGCU